UAAUAAAAGUUUAUGAUAGUGACGUUUCGAAACCUAGAGCUGGCAUGGGCGUGUUAGCGCCGAGGAAAGCGAGAUUGAAUCGAAACAGAAAGCUGAAGAAGGCUGGUUUAAAUACCGACGCGGAGCUAUAACACUUCUGGUCUCUAGACCGAGCGGAGAAGGUAGAAGACAACUCACUGACAGCUCCUGAACUGUGUUAAAAACCUUUCUGACUGAAGCAAAAUGCCUGCCGAUAGUGAAAUGGAGAGAAAGAUCUGUGACCUCUUGAGGCGAGACGGCAAAAGCAUCGCUUUGGUAAUUGCUAAAGAAAUCGGACCUGAUAAACGCACCGUGAACAAACAUCUGUACAACCUGGAGAGGUCAAAUCAGGUGUUCAAAACUGACAACAAGCCUCCUGUUUGGGACCUUACGGAGAAUAAGACUGAGAUCAAACAGACACUCAAACCAGAGCAAAAGUCUCAGACGACAAGAGACACGAGUGAAGAGAAAGAUGUGGAGGAUCUGCUGAUGAGGUCAGGGGGUUUAAAAGCCCAUCAGAUCGCCACAGACCUGGGACAGUCCAGACAAAGCAUCAACAAACAGCUGUACAGUAUGGAGGAGAAGGGAAAAGUUAAGAGGGACAGCAAAAGCAAUAUGUGGACUCUGAAUGAGGAGUGGAGCGAUGAUAGUUUCAGCCAAGAGAGUUCCAGUUCCUGUCCCAGUGAUCAUGGACUGGUUUCAGGAUUGUCUCACAGUUUUGAUGUGAUCGCAAAACUUGGUGAAGGAGGCUUUGGCUGUGUUUAUAAAGUAAAACAUAAAUAUGAUGGCAAGAUCUACGCUGUAAAGAGUGUCAUCUUAACCAGGAAAGCUGAUUCUGAGGUGAAGGCAUUGGCCCGUCUAGAUCACCCAAACAUAGUGCGGUACAUCACAUGCUGGCCAAGUUCUGACGACUGGACGUCAAACCAAGAAAGAAACCAAGUGUCCAACACUUCUUCAGAUGUAGUGACCUUUGACAGAGAAGGCUGUGAAGAGAGGGAUGAGGAUGAUGAAGACGAUGAAGAUGAAGAUGAUAAUGUCACAUUAGGAAUGGAAAGUCUGAGUGUGACAGAAUCAGCAUCCGCUGCUGCUGAGGCCUCAGGAAACAACAGAACUGACAGCAGGACAUAUUUAUUUAUUCAGAUGGAGUUCUGCGAGGGAGGAACACUGACUGAUUGGAUAAAGACGAGAAAUCAGAUGGAAAAACAGAGAAGCAUAGUGGAAAUCCAUAAAAUAUUUUAUGAGAUCAUCACUGGAGUGGAAUACAUCCACGCAGAGAAGCUCAUCCACAGAGACUUGAAGCCUGAUAACAUUCUGUUCGGUGCUGAUGGCAAAGUGAAGAUCGGAGACUUCGGGCUGGUGGCGGCUCAGACCGAUCAAAAUGGUGACCCUAUAGAGAGGUCAAACAGAGGAACACCAACUUACAUGAGUCCUGAACAGAAAAAUAAGAAGAAUUAUGAUGAAAAAACAGACAUUUUUCCCCUUGGACUCGUAUGGUUUGAGAUGCUCUGGAAAAUAUCUACUGGUAGUGAAAGAGUAAAGCUGUGGCCAGAUCUGAGAGAUCAUAGGUUUCCAGAAGGGUUCAGUGACAGUUAUCAAACUGAGAGUAAAUUCAUCACGAAGAUGUUGUCGCAUUCACCAGAGCACAGACCACAUGCAAAAGACAUAAAAGAAAAACUGGAGAAGUUUUUCUCUCUGGAUCAGAAUCUGUUAAGCCAGAAAACCGUCUGAGAUUUGUGUGUAUAGAAACUGUCUCAGCAGUUUGAUUGGGUCCUUUCAGAAUAAUGAAUUACCUUUAAUUGAUUUAUUCAUGAUCUAAUGAACUAUUUAUUGUUCUCUGAUUAAGGUGAUAAGAUAAAAUGUGGAAAAUUUGGCGAGUGAUUUUAAAAAUUAUUAAUUAUAAGAUUUCUUCUAGUAUAUUUGAAAUAUUUUAAAAGUUUACAGUUCAGUCUCAUUCCGUUUUCAUCAUAAAAAUACAUGAUAUUGAUGUUGUGAGGCUACUUUUAGAAAUCCCAACAUGAAUGUAAUUUCACAACGUUAUUGCAAUGUUAGCUGCAUAAAAUGAACAUGGAUUUACAUCUUAAAUUUAAUUGCAACUGAAAGAUGAUCAAAGUUGCAGUUACAACCGAAAUGCAAUAUUAUAACAUUUUGUGCUUGCUGGGACGAUUGCUGCUCAAGUCGACUUUCUUGACAAAUAUACUGUUUAUGCUGGGUGGAAUAAAAAAAGAAAAAAGAAAAUGUGUCACUAAUAUCAACAUCAUGUGUUCUGACAUUGGAUAAAAAAAAUCACAAUUUGUAAGAAAUUGUUACUUUGUGACAAAAAAACAACUAUAGAUUUAUAUUUGAACUGUAUUUCAAUGCUUUAAUUUGGAAGGAUGUUACCAUUUUGCCUUGUAAAAUGAAACAUUGGCAGUUUAUUAAUAAAAUCUGAAAAAAUU